AUGGGAGCUGGUGCUAGUACGCCGUCUUCGACGGAGAGCACCGCCGCUCCACCAGCGGCAUCGUGUCCUGUCGACCACAAAGCUCGCGAAGUCUGGCUCUCAAAAAGCCAGGCACCAAGUCCUCCUCCACGCCCCAACCCCGAGGAAAUUUCAUCGUGCCCGGUCGAUCAUAAGGCCCGUGCCGCCUGGCUUUCAACAUCCGAGAAAUCCACGAAUCCCGCCCCAGAGCCGUCGUCCACUGACUCAAAUUCACCACAAGUGAAGCACAGACCCCUUUCCACAGACAGGGAGGUUAGCAGUAUCCCACGAGCCUUAUCCGGCCAUUCCGAACAAAGACCGCCAUCUCAACUUCCUUCGCCAUAUGCCCAGCAGUCAUCUUCAGCUGCGUCACACUCUGCUCCUUCAAAUUCCGAAAGUGAAACAGGCCAUGACCAAACCACGGGCAACUGGGUCUAUCCGUCUGAACGCCAGUUUUUUGAAGCCUUAAUGCGUAAAGGAACUCUCACGUCUACAACGUCCGCCAAAGAACUUGCUACUUCUGUAGCAUCAAUAAUACCAAUCCACAAUGCCGUCAACGAACGGGCUUGGCUAGAAAUCCUCUCCUGGGAAUCUCGGGCACCUACUUCGGACCCGGGAAGUCGAAAAUGUGGUGGCCCAAAACUAUAUUCAUUCCGAGGAUUAGGCACGGAAACUCAAUUUUUGAGCCCGAGAGCGAGAUUAAAUGGCCUAUUAGGCUACCAGCUUCCAUUUGACCGCCAUGAUUGGGUGGUAGAGAGAUGCGGUGGUGAAAGAGUCGAAUACGUUAUCGACUUUUACCAGGGGAAAUCUGGGGGCGGCUUAGGAUUGGGUACUAGUGGUCCAGACGGAAAGCUGAGUUUUUACCUGGAUGUCCGCCCAAAGCUGAACUCAUUGGAAGGGUGGAAAAUGAGGAUUGGCCGUUUUUUGGGGCUAUCAUGA